CGUCUGCGCAGUGGGUGUUAUUGUGACUGUCGGGCCGCGGCCCCGGAUGUUGUGGCUGCAUGGGGGACAUGGCGGAGGCAGAGGGGGUGCCUGCGGCCCCAGGCCCGGCUUCAGGGCCGACUUUCAGGGGCCGCCGCUCUGUGUCAGGCUCCUGGGAGCGGGACCAGCAGGUUGAGACGGCGCAGCGGGCCCUGGUGGAGGUGCUGGGGCCUUAUGAGCCUCUGCUGAGCCGGGUGCAGGCAGCCCUGGUGUGGGAGCGGCCAGCCAGGAGCGCCCUGUGGUGCCUGGGGCUGAACGCGGCUUUCUGGUUCUUUGCACUGACAUCCCUUCGUCUUGUGUUUCUGCUUGCGUUCAGCUCUAUGAUCAUUGUGUGUAUUGAUCAAUGGAAGAACAAAAUCUGGCCUGAAAUAAGAGUGCCAAGACCUGACGCAGUAGACAAUGAAAGCUGGGGCUUUGUGCACCCUCGGUUGCUCAGCGUGCCCGAGCUCUGCCACCACGUAGCUGAAGUCUGGGUUAGUGGGACCAUUUCAUAA